GAGAGAGCGAGCCUCCUCCUCCUCUAGCAGCAGCAGCAGGACGACUCACGCCCUGCUGCAUCUUCUCCUCCUCCGCCUACAUUCAUCCAUCCACGGCCCACGGCCCUUCGGGAAGGAAGACGAACCGAACCCCCUAGAAAAAAUGUCGUUUUAACAGCGCAGUGCUACAAACCCAGAGGAGACAUGAAUCGCUCGCCUUCCUCCUGCCACCUGCUCCUCUUCCUCCUCUUCCUCCUCUUCCUCUCCUCCCCCGCUUCCUCUGACAGGAGAUUCGGUUGCCUGUUUGAGAAUGAACUGUGUUCAGCGUACGAGAUCUGCGUCAACGAUGGGAUGUUUGGGAGGUGUCACUCUGUUCCAGUGAAGGACAUUUACACCUACGACGUCUCCCCAUCUGUGGUGCAGCGUUUCAGGAUGCUGCUGGAGAAGCUGUCCAACAGAGGUUUGACCUGGGAAGAUGAGGCCACACAGCAGGUUCUGUCCAAGGAGUUGUCCAAACUGAGGAGAGUUCCUUUCAGGCCGCAGCAAAACGGACCUGCUUACGACACAGAGGGCAGGCCUGCAGCUGAGGCGAUGGACCCGGUGGACCAGAGGGUGAAGCCAGUGGAGGUGGAGCUGAGGAGGAACCUGCAGACGUACCUCCAGCGCCUCGGCCUCCUCCCCAUGACGUCGUCUGCUGCCAGUAAGAACACUCCCGGCACGAGCGACACUUUCCAGUCCGGCCUCCCUGCCGACUUCCCUCACUUAAAGGCCCAGACUUUGGCUCAGAAGUCGUCUCCUUCUAGCUUCUCUUCACUCUCAUCUCGCCAAUCUUUGGCGAGCCAUCUCCUCGCCACGCAAUUUGACGGUAACCUUCUCCUGAGCGCCCUCAGGCAGUAUCUCUCUGGGCAUCUCCCCCCACUGCACGGCGAGGAGCAGGGGGUUCCCCCGUCACGCCCGAGGCCGCCCCACAGCAACGGAAUAGAAAAUUCUGGGCUCAAAAAGGACACGUUGAAAACCAGGCCUCUGAAGAUGGGGAGAACACAAGGAGCUUCAGCCAAGGAUCUGCUCACGUCUGUGGACGAGAGGUUCAUUCAGAAGGUUUUGAAGAACGUCGGCAAGCAGCACGUGAACGUGGACAACCUGACGCCACAGGACCUGGAUCAGCUGUCCAGCCUGAUCGCCGAUGCUCUGCAGGUGGUGGACCGGGACCGAGGACUAACCCAGGGCCCGACUCAGGCUAGGCCGGGACCUAGGGACCUGCAGGGGGCGCUACAGAGUGCAGAGGAAGAGGCGGAGGAACGAGAAGAAGAUGAUAAUGAAGAGAAGGUAAUAGAGAACGCUCCGACGCUGGAACCUCAGGGGAGCGCUGUGAUGGCGCCAGUAGCUCUUCAAGAACAUCACGUGGAAACUGAAGAGCAGAAUGUGAAGGACAUGGACAAUAGCGGGACAAACCUCCUCACCAAACUUCUUGCGUACUUGGACAAAACGUCUCCGUCGGUGCGGAACCUGAACUAUGUUGCCAUGGAGACGACUGGGGGGCAACCGGCGGGUCAGGAGAAUGUACAGAGUCGGACCAGCGAGGCCGGCGUGACGGUGCAGAAGAAGGACGCCACGCAGUCGGUGGAGGAAGUGUCUGAGGUGGAGGGCUGGAUCAAGGAGGUGGCGCCCCCUCCUGCUUCGCUUGUGUACAACAAGCCGCACCAGAAGACAAUACACAUUCCCGAACUCCAGUUGGACGUCAAAGACCACAGGAAGAAGGCUGACGAUGACGUCUUUGGCUACGUCAUCACUGACACAGAGCUCCAGACAGACGAAGGCCUCCACCUGAUGGAGGUCCUGGCUCACAGGGCCGGAAUCCAGAUGUCCGACUUUGCCAAGCUCUCGGUGGUGGGCCCGGCUGUGACCUUCAAAGUGAGCCCGAACACUCACAAUGUCAGCACCGCAGAUGUGGCCAACGUGGCAGUUCAACACAAAGUGGAUUUGGAGAAGGAGGCCAAGCUCAGCAUCCUGGAGGCCGGAGUCACAGAUGAAAGCCAGAUCAACCAGAUCCCGUCCAAGUUCAGUCAGGCCGAGUCCACCAAGUUCCUCAUCCUGACUGUCGUGUCCAUCCUGUGCAUCGUCGGCGUACUGCUGGCCUCCACCACUGUCUACUGCCUCCGCCAUCGCUCCCACCACAAGCUCAAGGAGAAGCUCACCAACCUGGGAACGGACACCAGCGGUGAUGCUACUGCCACUUAUCAGGAACUGUGUCGUCAGCGUAUGGCGGUCAAACCUCCAGCCGAGCGUCCAGAACCCAUCUCGUCCAGGAUCAACAGCGUGUCGUCACAGUUCAGUGACGGCGGCGGUGGCGCAGCCGUCAGUCCGUCUGCGCGGAGCAGCAUCUCCUCCUGGAGCGAGGAGCCUGUCCACUCCAGCAUGGACAUCUCCACAGGUCACAUGAUACUGUCCUACAUGGAGGACCACCUGAAGAACAAGGACCGCCUGGAGAAGGAGUGGGAGGCGCUGUGUGCGUAUCAGGCGGAACCCAACGCCUCCACCAUCGGCCUGAAGGACGGCAACGUAAAGAAGAACCGCUCUGCUGCUGUGGUGGCAUACGAUCACUCCAGGAUCACUUUGAAGGUGGAGAGCAGCCACGGGAACUCUGACUACAUCAAUGCCAGCCCCAUCAUGGAUCACGAUCCCAGGAACCCAGCGUACAUCGCAACCCAAGGCCCUCUUCCCUCCACGGUGGCUGAUUUCUGGCAGAUGGUGUGGGAGAACGGCUGCGUUGUCAUCGUCAUGCUGACGCCUCUCGUCGAGAGCGGCGUGAAGCAGUGCUACCAUUACUGGCCAGACGAGGGCUCCAACCUGUACCACAUCUACGAGGUCAACCUUGUGUCCGAACACAUCUGGUGUGACGACUUCCUGGUCCGUAGCUUCUACCUGAAGAACAUGCAGACCAACGAGACGCGCACCGUGACUCAGUUCCACUUCCUGACUUGGCUCAACCAGAACGUUCCGGAGACCAGCCGGACGCUCCUCGACUUCCGCAGGAAAGUUAAUAAGUGCUACCGCGGACGCUCGUGUCCAAUCAUUGUCCACUGCAGUGACGGCUCAGGCAGAACUGGAACCUACGUCCUGGUCGACAUGGUCCUCAACAAGAUGGCUAAAGGUGCCAAGGAAAUUGAUAUUGCCGCAACUCUGGAGCAUCUGCGGGACCAGAGGCCGGGAAUGGUUCAGAACAAGGAUCAGUUUGAGUUUGCGCUGACGGCCGUUGCUGAGGAAGUGAACGCCAUAUUGAAAUCUCUUCCACAGUAGUACGGAGCGCCAUUUUCUCACGUCCUCCAGUGCUCCUGUUCUCUGUUACUGCUUCCUCCUCCAUCCCGUCCUCUCUCUUCUCUCACCGUAUUGUUUUUGUCCUCUGUUCUUUCCAUUCAGUGCACUCCCGUUUUUCUCGGAAUUUGUAACUUGGUAGUGGGAAGGACGCUACGCACGAGUCAUGGCCGUCAAGGUUUCUUCAAAACUUCAAAAAAAGGAUGCUUUUUUAUUUUUGGUUAAUGUUAGCAAUGUAGCCAACUAGCAAGCUAAUGUAGCACAUUUAAUCACAAAAACAUCAUCAAAGAGAGCGCAGCACUGUGUGUUAAAACAGUUAAAACUACUGUUUUAAGCUAAGAGCAGCCAUUUUGACUUUUGAACUGGAGGCUUGAAGUGUUGGAAAAAGCAGAUGAAUCAGAAUAUUAGCUUUAAACCUGUGAUGCCACUCACAGUACGGAAGAGUAUUAGAGAAUGGUGACAGCAUUUACAGGAUGAUUAACGUUAAUAUUUAAUUACUUCUCAGAGUCAAAUACUGUAGAGUUAAUAUUUCAUAUUCUUAGUUCAGGCUUUUACUCAGAUAGUAUGGAAAGAUGUUUCUAGUAAAGUAGGAAUUUACGACGUCCGUGUACAAACUGGAAUGCACAAAUACUACAUUUCAUCUUUCAUUUUCAUUUUUUUGCUCCUUCUCCUGCUCCUCUGUCCGUCUUACGCCAGGAAACCGUUGAAUCAGUUGUGUGCGUACGUAGAACUUCCCGCUAACGUAAACAGUCCGUGCCGCCCGUUCUCCAGAGUGAAUUUCACUGUAUUUUAUUGAUAAACUGAUAACUGUGUGUUCAAGUGUCUUAAUUAUCGUUUGUGUUCAUUAGAUUAGUGUCAACCUGUCGCGCAUCAGUUGGGGAGAAAAAAGCAACAUCGUCAGUUUGGAUCGUGAUCUGCUUUUGUGUCGAUAAACAAUUUGAAAUAUUUUACCUGUAGGGCGUAUUUUAAGAAAAAUAAACAAGAUGCUAAUACUGGAAAUUAGCUAAAAUGUCAUAGUUGUGAUUUUAUUUUUUAGGGCACAAGAAUGAAUCCUGGCACGAAUUUGUGCGACGAACCUAUCGUUUUCCUUCGGAUUAUUAUUACAGGUCUGGCUAAAAUGCGAUAUUGCCAUAGUGCCCGUGCAUUGCCACCAAAUUUCCCGAAACUUGGUGUGAAGGUGUUAUCAAUUCAGACGUAUGAAAACGUUGACUGCAACCGUGGCCUCAACUCAACAGGAAGUCGGCCAUUUUGAAUUUUGGUGUCCAAUGAGCAAAGUCAUCCAAGCACGUUUGUCGAACCAACAUAAAAAAAAACGUGUCAGGUUGUUCGGUUUUUUUUCUUCUUCUUGGGUGUACUCUUUUAUUUAGCAUAGCCUAGCCGUAGCAAUAUAUGUUUGUGUUUCUUCGACAUGAAUCGUGGACAACCGAUAUCGUGGCUCGUCAGUGAAGCGACACUAAUGUCUGCCUUAACAGAAAACACUAUUAGACGAUGUCGUAAAUGUGUCUGUCGACCGGGAAACAUUGGAUUUUUCUGCAACGAAAAUCCGCCGUCGGAAUGGAGUCGUUUGUGAAAUAAAAGCAGCCCUGACUAGUAAUUCUGUGAUUAAGAUGCUAGUUUUGUUUUGUUUGUUUUUAACUGCACUUCCUCUAUGUAGCAUAAUUGGACGACAUGUACGGACACUGUAUCUGAAACUUAUUUGUGCUGAACAUGUUUUUUUGCGAUGGUUUUCCCAAAGGCAUCUUUUUAGUCACUGUUUUCUUGAACACUGAAAAUGCAAAUACUGAAUUUGAGUGUUGAGUUUCUGGUUCAUAUUCACUCCACAUAUCAUUAAAAAUAACAAAAUACUGCACGGCUUUUGGCAAAUUUCAAAAGUGAUAAUAACUUUUUUUUGAAAAUUUGAUGUUAACCUGAUUAACUUUGCAGUGUAAUAAAAAUAAUAAUAAUUAUAAUAAAACAUUUAUUUUACCUGGCAUAAAAGAGACAUUAGAUAUUCUCCUGUUGAGUAUUUUCAGAUUAACAUUUAGGUUAUAUAGAGGGUUAGAAAUAGUGGUUUAUUUUUUGGACAAAAAAUAAUACAUUUUAAACAUUUAUAACAUUUGACAUGUCAUUUAAUGCUAACAGAGAGAAGGUUGGGUUUAUGACGUGUAAUACAGCCAGCCACCAGGGGGCAAGAGUGAAGAUUUUACUUCUUUUUUUCUUUUUCUUUUUUUUUUCUUUUUCAAUUUGUGCGUCCGAUACGAUACAAUCUGCCGAUACCGCUAUCACUCCGAUUUAGUCUCUUUUACAACUUUUUACCACGUACAAUUAGGGUUAGAUUCAUGAUUGUGAACUUCUCUCUUUACAGCACGUUUGCUUGUUUUCAAUAAAGCGCUCACGUCAUUCCUGCACAGAUACACCAGUUUGUUCAGGAUGAAUUUGGGAAAACUUGUGUUUUGUGUGGAAAUCAAACGUUUCCUCUCAACGCUUUUGCCGAUAAGUGGAUUAUACAUUUUUAAAUAUCUAAUCCGUCAAAUUCUGGUUUUUGAUCGUCCAGUGGUAAUCCAAUAAUAUUGACUUUCAGAGAUUAUGCUACUACUGCAUGGCUGUUUGUUUGACAAGCAAAUACAGUUUAUCUCUUCACUUUUAGUUUCUUUAAUGCACAGGAAGCAGAGUGCAAAAGCCAAGGAUUAUAAUAAUUAUUGUUAUUAUUAUUAUUAUUAUUAUUAAAGUUAUUAUUAUUGUGUUGAUUGGCAGUGAAGUAGGUCAGAAAGGUGUUGCAGCGUUGACGUGUUGCAACACUGCUGUAGAAACUAUUUUUAUCAGUGUGUCUUUGAUUUUCUACCUUUAUGUUUUUGUUGCAUUGAGGAUCUAAAGGUAAUUUGCUUUCCCCUGUGAACGCUGUUCUUUCUACUUUAACAUAAUUAUUUCAUCCAGUGUCACAUGAACUCUGUACAUAAAGCCAAACAGAAACAACAGAAGAUAUUUUUGUUCUAUUGGUGUAUUGUGAAUAAAGUCUCAUUGUUGAUUGGA